AUGUCGUUGGCACCUACGCACCGAGGGGAUUUCAAUGGUCAUAUUGGGUCGACCGCAGGUGGUUAUGGCGAGCUGCAUGGCGGAUUUAAUUUUGGGGAGAGAAAUGGAGGAGGCACCUCGCUGUUGGAUUUCGCUAAGGCUUUUGAGUUGGUGAUUGUGAACUUUAGUUUUCCAAAGAGGGAGGAACAUUUGGUUACUUUUCAAAAUACGGUGGCAAAGACUCAGAUUGACUAUCUCCUUCUUAGGAGGUGUGACAGAGGCCUGUGCAAGAAUUGCAAGGUUAUACCUGGUGAGAUCCUCACGAGGCAGCAUAGGCUCUUGGUGAUGGAAUUAUGUAAAAGAGGAAGAAAAGGUGUGUUCGAGGAUGAUGGAGGAUCAAGUGGGGAUCCUUUACUAAGAUAA